UUCCCCUCCAUUAAUCUCACAUUCAGCCCUCGAAACAGCAAGUCAAGCUCUUCUAUGCCAUGUACCCCAUGGCUUUCGAGAGCAACUAGUCGGACAUGGCAUCCUAGUUUUCUCAAAACGCCAAAUUCUUCAGCAGCCAUCUGAUUCCGCUUUCUACACUCCUCAGAUAUGCGCGGAGCUGGUUUCCUGGCCUCCUGGCCUCCAGGAGUAGCCGCCAGGCAGACAGCUCAAAAAUCUGGAAGGAUAGUCUCGAAUCUGUAUUCGCAUAACAGUGCCUUUACUCUUGAAACGGCUCCAAUUGGUUACAAGAGACAGGUUUUAGGACCAUCAUGCCUAAUACGCAACUACCACGGAACCUCUCUACAUUCCAGGUCGCCGCUCUUUCAUCUCAAUGGCGCAUGGACCGCAAUUGAUCGGUCUCAAUCACUCCGCUAUAGUUGUCUCUUCUCGUCUGCUACGAGAUCACUAUAUGCCAAGCCUACCGGUCGAACGACACCAUCACAAACCGCAAAAGAUACAACACAGGAUAAGGACGAAGAGGAUUUGGACAAAGGCUUUGAACUUUCUGAACGAGCAGCUCAGGCAGCUCAGGUUAAUCUGCGCGCGAAGCUGGCCAAAGAUGGAGCUUCAGGAAAGAAUGCUGGCUUCAAGGAGAUCUGGCGACUGCUAUCCAUUGCCCGCCCCGAGGCCAAGAAACUUGGGUUCGCUUUCUUCUUCCUACUCAUCUCUUCGGGUAUCACGAUGUCUAUUCCAUUCUCUAUCGGUAAGAUCAUGGACGCAGCUACCAAGCCCCCGGAGGUCAAUGAAACAACGGAGGAUGGCGGCCCGGAUCAGCUUUUCGGUCUGAGUGUACCGAUGUUCUAUGGUGCACUAGCCGGAAUCAUGACCCUAGGCGCUGCCGCUAAUUAUGGUCGCAUUGUCAUACUUCGUAUUGUUGGCGAGCGCAUUGUUGCUCGGCUCCGCUCGAAUUUGUUUCGGAAGACCUUCAUUCAGGAUGCGGAGUUCUUUGAUGCGAAUCGCGUUGGUGACCUGAUCUCCCGUCUCGGCUCCGACACAAUUAUAGUAGGUAAAAGUAUCACCCAGAAUCUCUCCGACGGCCUACGAGCGACAGUCAGCGGUGUGGCUGGGUUCGGCCUCAUGGCUUACGUCAGUCUCAAACUGUCGAGCAUUUUGGCGCUUCUGCUUCCUCCAAUUGGCUUAGGAGCUUUCUUCUAUGGAAGAGCGAUUCGAAAUCUGAGCCGCAAGAUACAAAGGAACCUCGGAACUUUGACUAAGAUUGCCGAAGAACGUUUGGGCAACGUCAAAACUAGCCAGUCAUUUGCUGGUGAGAUUCUGGAGGUCAACCGUUAUAACACCCAGGUUCGCAAGAUUUUCGAGCUCGGUAAGAAGGAGUCUCUCAUAAGCGCGACAUUUUUUAGUUCGACCGGAUUCAUGGGUAAUAUGACCAUCCUUGCUCUACUCUAUGUUGGCGGUGGAAUGGUUAAAACAGGCGCUAUCAGCAUCGGAGAGCUCACAUCAUUCUUGAUGUAUACCGCCUAUGCUGGUUCCAGCAUGUUCGGUCUCUCUAGCUUCUAUUCUGAAUUGAUGAAAGGUGUCGGUGCGGCUAGUCGUCUAUUCGAGUUACAGGACCGGAAUCCAACGAUAUCACCCACCAAAGGAAUCAAAGUUGAAUCUGCUCGUGGCCCUAUUCGCUUUGAAAAUGUCUCCUUCAGUUACCCUACCCGCCCCGCUGUUCCUAUCUUCCAGGAUCUUAACUUUGAGAUCCCUCAGGGUACGAACGUCGCCAUUGUUGGACCGUCCGGUGGAGGCAAGUCUACUAUUGCCUCUAUUUUGCUCAGAUUUUACAACCCCACCGGCGGACGCGUUCUAGUCGGAGGCAAGGAUAUCAGUGAGAUGAAUGCCAAGUCUCUCCGCAGGAAGAUUGGUGUAGUCGCGCAGGAGCCAGUCUUGUUCUCCGGGACGAUCGCCGAAAAUAUCUCUUAUGGAAGUCCCCAUGCGACUCGCUCAGAAAUUGUAGCAGCUGCCAGAAAGGCCAAUUGCCAGUUCAUCAGUGAUUUUCCGGAUGGUCUCGACACUCAGGUUGGGCCUCGUGGAGCCCAACUCUCUGGUGGACAGAAGCAGCGUAUUGCUAUCGCUCGCGCGCUGAUUAAGGAUCCCGAUAUUUUGAUUUUGGAUGAGGCGACUUCUGCGCUCGAUGCCGAGUCGGAGACCCUCGUCAACAGUGCCCUUGCUGCCCUGCUUCGUGGCAACAACACGACCAUCAGCAUCGCUCAUCGACUUUCCACGAUUAAACGAUCCGACACGAUAAUCGUCCUUGCGCCUGAUGGAAAAGUCGCUGAACAAGGCAGCUAUGAGGAGCUCAGUGGUCGCCCUGAUGGCGCUUUUACCAAACUCAUGGAAUGGCAAAUGAGUGGCGGUGACGCUACUCCUCCUCGGGUGCCCGUGAAUCCCGAGACAGAAGAAAAGUUGUGGCAGUUAGAAAACGAUGGUGCUGAAGAUGAAGUUGAAGAGUCUCCCGAGGGGUCAGCUCAGCAGAAGCAAUAGCAGGCAUCACUGCACAUCUUGAAGCAUUCUUACGUUCUAUCAUACAUGUUGGACGUUCUCAAGCCGUGUAGACUACCAGGCUUGCUUUUCAGUUCGGGGGUGGCUCAUAUAUACUUGUUCUUAGAAGGUAGGACGCCUGAUGAUGUAUGUAAUAUCUUUGGAUUUCUGUUCUUUUCCUACUGUUGCUGGAUGACUGGAUAGAGAGAUCGUACAGAAAUACCCAACUCUCC